AGUAAUUCUAAUGUUUUUAGCGCUUUUAUUAUUUUUAUAUAUAGCUAUAUAGUAGUCGAGGUCCUUUUAGAAGACUUUAUUAUUAUUUAUAAUAUAGAUUAUAUGCCCGAGCGCUAUAAUAUAAUAAUAAUCCGGCCCUAUGAACCUUUAGUUACUAAAUAUAGUCUUCCGGGCUCUUUCUAG